AUGAGCUCUUCUUCAUACGCCCACUAUUCUGUAUGGGACCAAACAGUCAAUAUCGUUUACGUGGUGGAAAUGGUAUUUUACUGCCUUAUACUUUUCGCGGCGGUGGCUGCUCUGUUCCGGCGGUCGCAGAUCGCGACAGCUGCGUUUUUGAUUCUUAUGGCCGUGCUGAAGAUUUGCGGCUUGUCGAUCGCACUGGACCUCGCAGUGCGAUUGGUCAAAAGCUAUAACAGUGGCUCCCUUGGCCGAUAUUAUUAUUGGGGUGGCAAUGCUUAUGAUCUCGCGAUUGCGGAAGUUGUGUUGUUGAGCCUAUCGAUCGCCGCGCUGGUAUGUGCUACUGUUUCCCUGUGCUUUGCGGGCCACUGGCCGAUAUGGACCCACAUUUUGGCCUACGGCCUCGUUGCGCUGCCCGCCAUUCUAUACAUCGUGGUGUAUGCUUUAGUUGGAAGCGGAGUGCAAUAUUCUGUUAGCAAACUAAUCGAAGCCGCAGACGUCCUGUAUCUGGCCUUAUAUGUGAUAAUCGUGAUUACUGGCGGAGUAAUGUACGCGGUUCAAAGAAAAUCCUCGGAUGGAGUACGUUUUGUGGGUAUGCUGACAGUCAUGUUGGCGGUGCCUUUCUUCUUGGUCCGUUUGAUCUACUACAUCGUGAAUGACUUCGGCACGUUUCUCAAUAUCACCGGGUGGAAGUUUUAUCUACCCUUGCAAGUGGUCAUGGAGUUCAUGGUAUCUCUGAUUUAUGUUGUGGGGCUUCAUUUCAUGAUAACCCGACACCACCGCAUUGCGCGUACCGAGGUGGAAAUCGGCGAUGAGUCAACAGAGGGAACCAAAAGCCACCCGACGCAGGCGGGCCCUUGA